CUGGCUAUUUUUUGGUUGUAGUUGUCAUUGUUACUUGUCAGGCCCAGGCUGGAGUCAAACCCUCCAGCUCAGGUGUAUGUGGCUGGCGCCUUCGCUGCUUGAGCCACAGGCGCUGAGCCUAAUUUUUUUAUUUGUAGUAGAGACAGGUCUUGCUCUUGCUCAGGCUCAUCAUGAAUUUCAGAGCUCAAGGGAUCCUCCCACCUCAGCCUCCAGAGUGCUAGGAUUAGAGGCAUGAGCUACCAUACCCAACCAGAGCCAACAAUAUUUUUCCAGCUCAUCCACCUUCCCUAUAUUACCAAGCUUUCCAGUCUUGUGUUGGAUGUAGAGACGUUUAGAAGGCUUAUAGGCUGUGUGGGCUAAAUGCUUGGCCUUUUGAAGAUGUUGGUUGGUUCAGGAGCAGCAGCUUCUGCCUUGACCCUGCCCAUUUGUAAAGUGACUUACCUAUGUUUCCCUUAAUUCUUGUUGUUGAUAAAGCACUUGAAAUUUUAAAUUUUUCGAUAAAGCAUUUUUUAGUCCCAUUAUACGUCAUGCCAACUCAAUAUUGUUGCAGUCACGAGAGGGAGACUGUCAGUCUCUGCAGCAAGCAUUCAGUGCUGGCUUAUGCUGGUGAUACUGAGAUUUAUUAAAGGUAGUUCCUAUCCUCCAGUAGCUUUACCAUACUAAGGGAGACAGACCAACAGAACUAUGUAACAUGAGAAUAAUAGGGGGAGGGGAGGGCUAGAGAAAAACAUCAAAAAGGACGAUUUGUCAAGAAAAGCUUUAUUUAGGAAGUCAAAGUGGGGUCUUGGGAAAAGGAAUGGUAAUAUUAUAGGGAGGAUGGUGGUUGAAGCAAGCGUGGGGAGAAUAAGAACAAAACUGUGGUGGUUAUGUGGAGGAGAUAAACAUUUGUGUACUAUGUACCAGGCUGUGCUAGGUGACAUUAAUUCAUUUGCCCCCCUGGGUCACCUGUGAGGUAGGUUUUAGUGUCUCCAAUCUGUAGGUGAGAAAACAGGCUCCAAGAGGGUAAAUGACUUACUUAAGCUACAAUGUGCUUGCAAGUGUCAGAGCCACUGUUUGAACCCAGAUCUCUAAUGGCAGCUCCUUUGCCCAUAUUCUUUGAUGCCUCAAAGAUCUGAGCAUAAAGCGUCUGUGUGUACCAUUUUCUGUGUUUUGACUUCAGACACCCAGGUUUACCUGAUUUCUGAAUGUUAUCAUCUUGUGUACGCCUGGGCCUGACGACAAUCCGACUUGCAGAUUCCUCUAUCUGUACUUUUUCCCGUUCCUUCAUGGACUUGAAGGCUCUCCUUUCCUCCUUGAAUGACUUUGCAUCCCUCUCAUUUGCUGAGAGUUGGGACAAUGUUGGAUUACUGGUGGAACCAAGCCCACCACAUACUGUAAAAACACUCUUCCUAACGAAUGACUUGACUGAAGAAGUGAUGAAUGAGGCACUGCAAAAGAAGGCGGACCUCAUUCUCUCCUACCAUCCACCUAUUUUCCGACCCAUGAAGCGCAUAACCUGGAAAACCUGGAAGGAGCGCCUUGUGAUCCAAGCUCUAGAGAACAGAGUUGGUAUCUACUCUCCUCACACAGCCUAUGAUGCCGCACCCCAAGGAGUCAACAACUGGUUGGCUAAAGGGCUUGUGAUCUCUAGGAUUGAUGAUGAAGAACAAACACGGAUCAGUGUGAAUUGUACUCAGAAGGCUUUGAUGCAGUUGGUGGAUUUUCUCUCCCAGAACCAACAGCUUUAUCAGAAGACUGAAAUUCUGUCACUAGAGAAGCCUUUGCUUCUACGUACUGGAAUGGGGCGAUUAUGCACACUGGAUGAAUCUGUCUCCUUGGCAACCCUGAUUGAACGAAUCAAAAGCCACCUGAAACUAUCUCAUGUUCGCUUAGCUCUUGGGGUAGGGAAGACCUUAGAGUCCCAAGUCAAAGUCGUGGCCCUGUGUGCUGGUUCUGGGAGCAGCGUUCUGCAGGGUGUAGAGGCUGACCUCUACCUUACAGGUGAGAUGUCCCAUCAUGACAUUCUGGAUGCUGCUUCCCGAGGAAUAAAUGUCAUCCUUUGUGAACAUAGCAACACUGAACGAGGCUUUCUUUCCGACCUUCGAGAUAUGCUGGGUGCUCACUUGGAGAACAAGAUUAAUAUCAUCCUGUCAGAGACAGACAGGGACCCUCUUCGUGUAGUAUAAUAUAUAUCGGAACAUCAGGAUAACAAAAUCUACGAAUAAAUUAGAUCCCAGCUCAAAUUCAUAAUAUGAGUCAGCAGAGUUCCUGUCCUUCCUAAAGAAUGUCUUAGAAUGUAUUAUCAUUUCCAGUUUGUUAAUCUGGUUCACCAAAUGUUCUGUAGCUCAUAAGGUUAAAACUGUAAUGUAGCUACUAUAUUAAAGAACGAAUACUCAUGAUACGCUCUAGGAAAGAUGGACGAAAAUCUGUUCACUUA